CUUUGUAUGGCAAGCUUCUCAAUUAAACUAUAUAUAUUAAUAGGAACUAUUAUCCUUCAUUGCAAAUACCAACAGCUCCAAGAGACACUUGUACUUGGAACAUGGAGUCGCGUCUUUGUUUCUUGGCACUCUUUUUUCUCAUCAUGCAGAUCACUGUCACUGUCUAUGCUAGGCCAAAUCCUGAAGAAUAUCAGCAAGAUUCGCAUGUUGAUGGAGGUUUUUUGGUGUCAACCGAUGCCACAAAGAGAUCAAGCCAAUUCAACGAAAGAAAGUCCUCCAAAGACGACUUCGAACCAAGGCCUAAUAUCUCAGUGUAUGAUAACAGUGCAGGUUUAAAAGAAAAGAAGAUGUGUCCCGAUGAUUUUGAGCCAAGACCAAACAUUUCGAUUUAUGAAAACGGAGCAAGUGUAAAAGGUAAGAAGGUGGUUGAAGAAGAGUUUGAGCCAAGGCCAAAUGUCUCGAUAUACGAUAACAGUGCAAGUCCUAAAGGUAAAAAGACAUUUGAUGAAGAAUUUGAGCCGAGACCAAGUCUCACAGCAUACAAAGGUUAAGGGUACAUGGUGAAGAUAAGGUUUAUUACGAAUGAAGUGUGUAAUAUAUUUGAAGCAAAAAUAAAGCGAGGCUUAGAUGUCUUGGAAUCAUGAUAUGCUUUUGAAUUUCUGAGAUGGAGGAUAUUAUGUAAAUUAUAUCCAUAUUUUGUUGGUUUGGAUGUAUCAAUAUUUAAUUUUGGUUUGUAUGCACCUUAUCGGCUUAUCAUGCUUAUAAUAGUCUUCAGCUAUUUUUGGGUUCAAUA